UGCGUCUUGUCCCCGCCAAAGCUCCCUCGCUCCUCAUCGUAGUAUAUGGCAUUGAAAGAGCCAUGCGCUAAGUACCAGUACGUCAAUACCCCAGGGGGUCCAAAGAUUCUCCCUGUCAUCGAACAAGAGUCGAGAGACGAGGAAGCUCCUUCAGACUACAACGCUGGUGGAUAUCUCCCAGUCAAGAUCAACGAUACCUUUAAGGAUGGAAGAUACCUUGUCACUCGGAAGCUAGGUUGGGGUCAUUUCUCCACAGUAUGGCUAGUCAAGGACAAACAGGAAAAUCGACAUUCCGCCCUCAAGGUCGUCAAGUCAGCGAGUCGCUAUGCCGAGACCGCUCGUGACGAGAUAAAGCUCCUAUCUCAAGUGGCCGCAGCCAAUCCGGCUCAUAUCGGGAAGCAGUAUAUCGUCUCUUUCCUUGAUUCCUUCACGCACAGUGGUCCGCAGGAUUCACACAUUUGCAUCGUCUUCGAACCGUUGGGCGAGAACCUCCUGGCCCUUAUCGAAAGAAACAAAAAGAAGGGCGUACCUCCUCCCGUGGUCAAGGUAAUCGCUAAGCAGGUCCUUCUUGGACUGCAGUACCUGCAUGAUGAAUGCGAUCUUGUCCAUACUGAUAUCAAGCCAGAGAACAUAUUGAUUUCCAUACCUGAUAUCGAGACUCAUAUUCAUGCUGAACUAUCAGCCUCCUCCUCGCCCACCUCUCGCCGUGUAGGCAUUCCCCAGCCGACCAAGUCUCGCUCCGGUGUGUCCUUUCCCCAGCGACGCACAUCAAUCCGCGAACGACAUGUCCAGAUUUUCGACUCGCAGCCGUUAUCUAGCCCCUCGUCGAGAUGCGGCAGUGUUAGUGGAAGUGCCGGGAGUGUGACGUUAUCACGGUACCUCUUGAACACCUCGUCCGCCUCUGCAUCCCUGAGCGAUGUGCUGAAACCGCGUCCUGACUGCAACCACGAAUCCGGAAGCAUCAUAGGGUUGAAACAGCCGACAACGACUAUAAGUCCGUCACAUUCUGCUACAUCUUCUGCUUCUUCGUCACCCCCUUCCAUUCCAAACGGAGUCAACAGUGCCGUUGACACUCCCGCUACAUCCGUUGGCAGUGAUAAUCCAUUACUAUCCAAGUUGGCUUCCUUCUCACUCUCGUUUACUUCACGGGCUAGAAAGUCACCUGUCACACAGGAUAGUUCUAUACCCGAUGACAAGCGAACGACUGCAGACUCCUCGAGUCUGAUACCUCCACAUCAUCCCCACGAAACGACCCCUGGUACAGCUGGCCCUUCGUUGUUGUCUCAAACUGCCCCCUCCCACUUGGACCAUUCCAAACACGAUUCAGCUACCCCCCUAGCCUCAUCGUCCCAUACACCAACCCCUGGUGUAAACUCCUUUAUCCCCAUAUCAAUCAAGAUAGCCGAUCUUGGAAACGCUACCCCUUCUAAACGCCACUACACCGAGGAUAUUCAGACUCGGCAGUAUCGGGCGCCAGAAGCGAUCAUAGGUCGGAGAGACUGGGGCACACGCGCGGAUGUGUGGAGCGUGGCAUGCGUAAUCUUCGAGCUCUUGACCGCAGAGUAUCUGUUCGAUCCUCACGGGCAAGGAGAGCUCUUCGCUAAAGAUGACGAUCAUAUGGCUCAGAUCAUCGAGCUCAUGGGCGACUUCCCUCUGGAUGCCAAGAUGGGGGGCAAGUACAGCAGGGAGCUGUUUGACCAUAGUGGGGGCCUACGGUACAUCAAGUCGCUCAAGGUUUGGCCGCUCUUUAAUGUCAUGACAGAGAAGUACUUGUUCUCUGGGACCGAUUCAACCGCAUUCUGCGCUUUCUUGGAGCCCAUGCUUGUUCCUGAUCAACGCGAUCGGAAAGAGGCGCGUGACGUAGUGAACCACAUCUGGUUAGACGUGAAAGACUCCGAUUGGGUCGGUAUCAACGAUUGGUGACGGACGGACGGACGUUAUUACUUCAUGUACCGGCCAUUGGCUUGCUUCUACUGGCUUGCUUUCUUAGCUUGAACAGACUUUGGGCGUGGGGCUGGUAUACGUGAGGUUGUUACCUUCACGUUUCCCUUUUCCUCUUUUAUUCGUAUCUCGCAUUGGCAUACAUAUCAGUUGUUACUAAUGGUCUGGCUGUUCCUGAUGCAGAAAUCCUGUUACUAUUACAGAACUGGUACCCUCCGCUUCUUCGUUUAGACUCGUUUUUAUCGAUACUUGUAAUGUAAUGGAUACGAGUAUGGUUCAAUCAACA